AUGCACAAAGAAAGACACUGCCGAGCGAGGGAGAGCGGUGUGCACUAUUCUUACACGAGGGUGGUAGUGGUGGCAUUGAGUCAAAGCCGCCAUCUCUGGAUACCAUUUGGAAAAAGUACUACGCUGACACGAUACGGCGUCAAGAUGGCUGGAAUGCCUGGAAACAUAACCAUGUUGCACAAGACAGCUUUGUUCGGGAUCGACGGUCCCACAGUCACGGCGGUUCCCCGCCGAGAAGCAAGAUGGCUAUCGAACCAAGCAUUUCCAUGCAUUGAGCUUCUGUCAAACAGGUAAGGAUUUCGACAAAGGUAUAGCAAGCGGGUAUAUACUACCAGGCGUCCAUCAUGUCCUCCCUAUCACGAAACGCUCUCCAUUCACAGCUUAUCCGAGGAUGUCGUCGGAGCUCAUCAUUGCGUCAUUCCUCAUGGCGGGGUCCACUGCCGACGACUUCCACGACGAGAACGAUAACCACAUCUUCACCGCUCUCUCCUAUCUCUUCGAAAUCAACAUACCUCAAGUCCUUGCAGCAAAUCAGACACAAGUCCAAGAUGACCGAAUCUUCGCAAUCCCCACUCUCCGGCCUCUGGAAGCCCACCCACCUCCAACAACUCUUCUACGGCUCCGACUGUGUUUCCAAGCACCUUCUCGAAUGUCUCCCCAAUGAAAAGUCCAAAGCCUUCAUCAUCACCGGAUCCUCCCUCGCCAACAAGACCUCCCUGAUCAAAUCCGUCGAAUCCCUGCUCGGCUCGUCUCGCCACGCCGGCACUUUCUCAAACAUCAAACAACAUGCUCCCGUAGCUGAACUGGACAAAGCAACCGAUGCCGUCCGCAACGACGAUUCCAUCGACACCAUCAUCAGUAUUGGCGGCGGCUCCCCCAUCGACAGCGCAAAAGCGAUUUCCUACCGUCUAAACGAAAAGAGUGGACGCUUCCUACACCACAUCGCCAUCCCUACUACUUUGUCAGCAGCGGAAUGUACCUUCAACGCCGGAUACACAGAGACAAAUGGGCAAAAGACCGGAGUCGCGCAUCCAGAAUGUGCACCCCACGCCAUCCUCUACGACUCCAAAUUCGCCCUCGAAACACCCGAAAAGCUAUGGAUGAGCACUGGUUUGCGCGCCCUAGACCACGCAGUAGAAUUGCUAUACCACCCCACCAGUACGGAAGUCCCUUGUCGCCAAUUAACCCUCAUCGCCGCCCACGAUCUCUUCACCUAUUUGCCAAAAUACAAGUCCAGCCCCAAAGAUGAAGAUGUGAUCACAAAACUCCAAUUGGCAUCUUACGCAUCUUUGGGUUUCUUGGGCUUGAAUGUAAAAGGCGGAUUAGGACUCAGCCACACCCUCGGCUACGCUCUAGGCUCCCCCUACAGUAUCCCCCACGGCAUAACAUCCUGCAUGACUCUAGGCCACGUGGUCAAGUUGAAAGCUUCCACCGAUCCCUCCGCUGCCUCUCAGAUCUCCCGUCUUUGUCCUUUUGUCGGCGUUACUGCUUCUGGAGAUGACAAGACAGAUGGCACUGCAGUCGGCGAUGCGAUUUUGAAACUUGUGGACAGCUUGGGGUUGAAGAGUUCGUUGACGGAAUAUAAAGUUGACGAGUCAGAGGCACAUACGAUUACGAAGACUGCUACGAGGGCGGAGAGUGGAGAGGUCUAUGAUAGUGUUAUGAAGCUUGUCAAGGGGCUUUGGUGACUUGAUGAGCCUCAUCGCUUGAAGAUGAAAUUGUAGUUGAUGCACAUGAAAUAUACAAGGCUUUUCGUCGCACUUUUCUUUCCGCUUAUUCGCUGCGAGCACGGAGUCAAGAAUCUGUGCCGGUCUGGGACUCGGUGGCUCUGCUUCCGUCCGAUGCGUUGGUAUCGCUAUUUUGUAUGUUUUGUGUUCAUGUGCUGGCUACGGCAUAUUUGCUUACUGACGAGCUAAUCCAUCAUCAACAUCCCUUUUCGUACCAUCUACGAUAUUGACACUCCCAUGCCACCCUUCAGAAACGCAACCUGCAACCACCAAAGCAACGCAAUAACCUUCAUCAUACCCCUACCACCUCCCUCCUUCCCCCAUCCUUCACCUUCCAAUCACGAAGCAUAAGCAAUAAUCUCAUCC